CACGCACCGGAAGUGACGCAGGCUUCCUCUUUCUUUUCACGCUGCGUUCUAUAACGUGGCUGCUGCAUUUCCCCGAGUGCGGAAGGAAAACACCGAGAGCGGCGCUAUGAAGCUGUGCGAGGGCGGUGAGAUUACUUCUGACACCCUCACAACAAAGAAGAGAAAGCUUAUGAAAGGGGACGCAGCAGGACUUGGUCUGGAACAGGUGGCUGUUAAUGGGAAACAUCAAGAGAAUGGAGAACUUAACAAUAACCAGCAGAAGAUUCCAAAACUGAAGAAAAAGAAGAAAUCUGUGAAAGAAUCAAGUCCUCUUGAGCCCACGGAGCAGUGUAACAGUGAUGGGCCUGAAGAACCUGAUACACCAACACCGAAAAAAGUAAAGAAGAAAAAGAAAAAGAGUGUUGAUGAAUCUGAAACACCAGAGGAUACAUCAGUUUCUGAACCCAAAGUCAAUGCCGAAAUGAACGGCACAAAAACAAAGCUGAAAACCAAGAAAACUGCCGGCAGCGGAACUGGAGAGGAAGGACCAGCGGCCAAGAAGCAGAAAAUGGACCAAUCGCAGGAAGGUGCCGAGCUGCAGACUGCCCAAUCAGAAGAGAAAGAGGAGCUUGAGGAUGAGGCACUCACAUUGGAGAAAUCAGAGGGAGACUUCUCUAAAUUUCCUAUUUCUGAGGAAACUGCUACUAAUCUGAGAGCUAAAGGCGUCACUUAUCUCUUCCCUAUUCAAGUCAAAACAUUCCAUGUUGUGAACAGCGGUAAAGAUCUGGUGGUGCAGUCGCGGACUGGCACUGGGAAAACCUUAUCAUUCGCCCUCCCGCUUAUAGAAAAGCUAAAGCUGGAGACGGAACCGCUGGUCAGAGGAAGAGCACCCAGGGUGCUUAUUCUUACGCCCACCAGAGAGCUGGCGAUACAGAUCAUGAAUGAAAUCCGCAGCAUCACUAAGAAGCUGAAAGUGGCUUGUUUCUAUGGAGGAACACCGUACCAGCAGCAGUUAUUCACUAUAAAGGACGGCCUUGAUAUCCUUGUUGGGACUCCCGGACGUGUGAGGGAUCUUAUCCAGAACCAUAGUCUGAAUCUGCGGAUUCUCAAGCAUGUGGUUUUGGACGAGGUGGAUAUGAUGUUUGAUAUGGGCUUUUCUGAGCAGGUGGAAGAAAUCUUGUCCGUGCGCUACAAGUCUGAUCCGGCAGAGAACCCACAAACUCUUCUCUUCUCUGCAACAUGUCCUGCUUGGAUGUACAACGUUGCUAAGAAAUACAUGCAAAAAGUGUAUGAGAAGAUUGAUCUUGUCGGGCACAGGAGUCAGCGGGCAGCCAUUACUGUUGAGCAUUUGGUCAUUGAAUGCACCAGGCAUCAGAAGGCCUCGAUCCUCGGGGACAUUAUUCAGGUCUACAGCGGCAGUUAUGGGAGAACCAUUGUGUUUUGUGACUCCAAGAUAGAAGCUCAUGAGUUAUCAACAAACUGCGGAUCUCUAAAGCAGACAGCAAAGCCACUGCAUGGAGACCUCCAGCAGAAGGAACGUGAAGUCAUCUUAAAGGGCUUUCGUCAGGGCUCCUUUGAAGUUCUUAUUGCAACCAACGUAGCUGCUCGUGGCCUGGAUAUCCCUGAGGUCGACCUUGUUCUCCUUUUUUCUGCACCAAAGGAAGCCGAUUCCUACGUUCAUCGAUCAGGGCGCACGGGCAGAGCUGGUCGCACUGGAGUCUGUAUUUCUCUCUGUGAACCCUGGGAACGUCAUUACUUGCGCAAUGUGGAGCAUAGCACGGGAAUCAAAUUCAAGCAUGUUGGCAUUCCCUCUGUAUUAAAUGUUGCCAAGUCCUCCAGUGCUGAUGCCAUCAAGUCUCUGGAGUCUAUACCAGCUGAUGUGAUUGAACAUUUUAGAGAGUAUGCUGAGGAGCUAAUUGAGAAAAAAGGAGCGGUGGAGGCUCUUGCUGCAGCGUUGGCGCAAAUAUCUGGCGCUUCGUCCCUUAAGCAACGAUCUCUGCUCAGCAUGGAGCCGGGCUACGUAACUGUAAUAUUGAGGUGCUCUGUGGCCAUGAACACAGUGAGCUAUGCCUGGAAAGCCAUUAAAGAACAGAUGGGAGAAGACAUUGAUUCCAAAAUACAUCACAUGCGUUGUCUGAAGGACUCUAAGGGGGUGUGUUUUGAUGUGAAGCCUGAAAUCCUUCAGCAGAUGCAGGAUAAAUGGAAAGAUUCCAGACGGUGGCAGUUCUCUGUUGCUACAGAAUUACCGGAACUUCAGUUAACAAAGCAAGACCUGGAAGGCCCACGGCAAAGGCAGUUUGGAGGCCGAGGAAGGAGACCGUUUGACAGAAGAAAUAAUUCCAGAAAUGGCGGCAGAGGAGGCGGCAGCAGAGGAGGCGGCAGAGGAGGUGGUGGCAGAGGAGGAGGCGGCAGAGGAAGACGGCGCUAAAGACCCUGGGUUUAUAAAACCUCUCCGGACUGAGUUGCUUUUUUUUAUGCCAUGUAAAGAUCUUAUUAAAAUAUCCUUAUUAAUCUGA